AUGCUGCCGCCCCGCCCACCGCGCCCGGCUGGGCCGGCCGGCCCGGCGCGCUCAGCCUCAGUGUCCUCUCUUCGGCGCGAGGGCGGCGAGCGCAAAGCAGGCGGAGCCAAGGCCCGCGCCUCCUCCCGCCCGGUGCGCAAGCCGUCGGUGCCACCCAUCGCGCCGAGUGCGCCGAGUACGGCGAGCGUGCCGGGCGCGCCGAGUGCGCCGAGCACGCCGAGUGCGCCAGCAAGUCCGGCAGGACGGUCUCGAGGGACGCCCCUUCCAGCGCCGCUGCCCCCGUCCCCCAGCGCAGUCGCUGCGCGAGAGAUCGCACACCUGCGGGAGGAGAACCGGGCGCUGAGACAAUUGGUGGAGGCUGAGCCAUCCCCCUGGGCCGCAGCGCUGCUGGAGGAGCUGCCCCAGGAGAGCUGGUCAGUCCUGCGGGUGCAGGCGCUGCAGCGAGAGCUGGGCUUUGCCCUGCAGCGCAGAAGCCGUUUAGAGCACGCGGUCCGCGCGGGCCACGAGGGCCUGCAGCGCGCCGCGGGGCUUCGGGCGGUGUCGGCGGAGGCCCUGCAGCAGGCCAUGGCCGACGGGGCGGCGGCCGCAGAGGCGGAGGCGGCGGCCGGGGCGGAGCGCGCCGAGCGCGCCGAGCGCGGCCGUGGAAUGCAGGGAGGAGCUCGCAGCCAGUCCCGUGGCCGCAGCCCCUCGGGCGCCGGCGCCGGCGCGGCGCCCAGCCAAGGCCCGCGCCGGGCCUUUGGGACGGAGGAGGUGCUGGCCCUGGAGCAGCGCAUCUUUGAGACCGUGGAGGUGUUGGCAGAGGCCCAGCAGCCCUUGGCCUCCCGCCUGCAGCGCCUCGCCGACGUGUUGCUACGCCACGCCAAGGACCUCGGGGGGACUGGCGCUGCCGGCGGAAGCGGCCGGCGGCGGCUGUGGCGGCACCUGCAGCAACUGCCCCCUCCCGCGGCACGCGCAGCAAACGCGGCAGAGACGUUUGCGCCAGCUUCAGCGAGCGUGCCUUUGGCAGUGCCUCCUGCACUUCUCAGCGCCUUCCGCGACAUCCUGGAGGCCGCAUCUGCGGAGCCUUCCUUGCAGAUGGAGGCUGGGCAAGCGGUCACGGAGCUGCUGGAGCUAGUGGCUGAAUGGUCUCAGCUGCUCUUGGAAGCCCAGGAGCAGUGA